AUGCUGGCCGCCGCUUCGAGGAGAGCGCCGGCGGCAGCAGCCGGUGGUGUCGUGCGGAGAAGUGUCGUCCACGCCGCGGCGCAGCGACAGCAGCGACGAUGUUUGGCUACUGAAGGAUUGAGCAUACGCACAGGUCCAAGCGAGCCCCCUCUGUAUCAAGGCACUAUCCCUGAUCACUUCGCCGCCACCGUCUCCCAGCACGGCGACCGCCCCGCCGUCAUCGCGCGCUCGCCGCCGUCGCCGUCGUCGCACGAGACGGCGCUCAGCUACUACGAGCUGGACCUCCUCUCCAACCGUCUCGCCUCGUCGCUCACCUCCCUCGGCGUCAGCAAGGGCGACCGCGUCGCCGUCUCCCUCGGCAACGGCGCCGAGUUUGCCGCCCUCACCUACGCCCUCUUCAAGCUCGGCGCCGUGCUCGUGCCGCUGAACCCGAGCUUCAACGCCGCGCAGGUCGCCGCCGCGCUGCGCCACCUCUCCGUCGAGGUCCUCGUCAUCGGCGCCGUCACCGACGCCGCCUACCGCCCGGGCAGGGGCCGCAGCAACGAGGACCUCCUCGCGCAGCUCGCCGGCGGCGACCUGCAGGGCGGCAAGAUUGCCAACCCCGACGUCCCGAGCCUGGCCAAGAUGCUCGUCGUCGACAACCGCGUCAGCCACCCGGGGACAAGGUUCAACCUCGACGCGUGCCGGCGCGUGCUGACGCCGUACCGCAACCUGCUCGAGGGCUCGGACCGGCCUGUCAAGCCGUCGGCGCCGCUGGACCCGGCCGACGUCAUCAACAUCCAGUUCACGUCGGGCACGACGUCGAUGCCGAAAGCCGCGCAGCUCACGCACACGGGCAUCCUCAACAACGGCAUCCUCAUCGCCGACCGCAUGGGCCUCGACCCCUCGGACCGCGUCGUCGUGCCGCCGCCGCUCUUCCACUGCUUCGGCUCCGUGCUCGGCUACAUGGCGACGGCCACGACGGGCGCCGCCAUCCUCUUCCCCAGCCCGGCGUUUGACCCCGUCGCGACGCUGCGCAUGUGCGUCGACCACGACGCCACGGGGCUCUACGGCGUCAGCACCAUGAUCGUCGCCGUCCUCGAGGCGCUCGAGUCCGGGACCGUCGUCCCCCGCCCGCCGCAGCACCUCCGCAAGGGCAUCGUCGCCGGCAGCUCUGCGCCUGAGUCCCUCAUGCGCGAGAUCUACGACCGCAUCGGCCUGCAGGACCUCGUCAUCUGCUACGGCAUGACCGAGACGAGCCCCGUCAGCUGCAUGACGCGGCCCUCCGACUCGCUCUCGCUGCGCUGCGCCUCGGUUGGCACCCCCAUGCCGCACACCGCCGUCAAGAUUGUCGACCCGCUCGACCGCUCCCGCGUCGUCCCCGUCGGCGAGCGCGGCGAGCUCGCCGCCGCCGGCUACCUCGUCAUGAAGGGCUACUACGGCGACGCCGAGCGCACGGCCGAGGUGCGCGUGCCCGAGGACGACGGCAGCGUCUGGCUGUACUCGGGCGACGAGGCGGAGAUGGACGCCGAGGGCUACGUCAAGAUCACCGGCCGCAUCAAGGACCUCAUCAUCCGCGGCGGCGAGAACAUCCAUCCGCUCGAGAUUGAAAACUGCCUUUUCCAGCUGCCCGGCGUCAAGGAGGCAAGCGUCGUCGGCCUGCCCGACGACAAGCUCGGCGAGUGCGUCGCCGCGUUUGUCAUCCCCAAGCACGAGUGGACCGUCGACGGUGUCAACACGGCAGCGGCGCAGGCGGCCAAGACGCAGCAAGCCGGUGGCGGCGGUGCCGGGGAGAACGUGCUGACGAGGGGGGCAGUCAGGAAUUGGGUGCGGACCAAGCUGUCGAGCCACCUGGUGCCGAAAUACAUAUUCUGGGUCGACGAGUACCCCAAGACGGCGAGCGGCAAGAUUCAAAAGUUCAAGCUACAAGAACAAGCCAAGACGCUGCUGGAAGGACAGUAG